CAUGCAGGCGAGGUUAAUGGCGGGAAGCUUGGCUGUCUUCGGGACAGGGGAGUGCUGUUCAAAUAUAUAUAGAUCCUGCAGUUGAUAUAUACCCUUGGGGGUGUUAUAGUGUGCGUACGUCAACGUCAGUGUUGUUAUUAUAACGAACCGAUGAACACGGCAGGCUGGACAAUCUCUCGUUUUGAGUGUCUUGGAGCCAGCUCUCCGUUAAUUAGAGGUUGAUGAAGGUGGCUCCGGGCAUGUUUGAAGUCGGAUGAGCAAACAGUGUAAACGGCGCCUCUAGUAUUGUGAUCGCCGCCUUCUGCCACAAUACCUUGCAAGACCGGGGUUUGAUAUGAGGAAUCGUAGAGGCCGGGAUCGACCCGUUCAGAGCUCUCGGCCGGGGUAGGGCUCCAGCAGUGAUGAACCUCAAACUGAUCGACGCUCUAACUCGGCAUUCCACGAAAAUAAGGGAAGAAACUUGAAUAAUACUCCGUAUUAUGCCUUAAAUACAGGCAGGGUGCCAUUCCACCAUUGUGUAGGCAUACAUAUAUAUAUACCCUGCUGUUCUCCUGGCCUACUGUGUAAUUAUCCUGGAGAGAAAGAACUGCAGUCGAAUCUGUGGCCGUUGGGAGAACUUGAGAAAAGAAGAAAAGACUCAAGAUGCUACGCCUUAAAACCCUAAGCAGCUCCUGCCUGGCUACUCUGCUGACCACCUGCCUUGGUGCAGCAUCUGUAUCUGCACAGUCGCCUCCUGAAAACCUCUGGCCGGUGCAGACAUUCCAGAGCACAGAUAUCCAGACACCAUUUUUCAAUGUGACGAAGAAAGGCCAAACAGAGCCGGGCUAUAUCUUCUUUAGUCCUAGAGAUAAGGCACGAAAGAUUGGACAUCCAGCUAUCUUUGACGACAAUGGCCAGGUUGUGUGGAAGGGACCCGAAGACGCGAGCACAUAUGGCUUCAAGCCUCAACUUCUUGACGGGAAGCCAGUGAUGGUCAGCUGGUUCGGAUUUGCGAACGAGACUGGAUUCGGUUUGGGAUCUAUGAGCAUCUUCGACAGCUCGUAUGAGAAGAUCCACGAGGUAAUUCUGCCCGGCGGCGAUAACGAAUAUUACAAGACGAUAUACGAGCCCAAGACGUUCCCAUCAUACAUGGACAAUCACGAAGGCCAGAUCACAGACCAAGGAACCAUCGUCGUGACAGUUGUCAAUGUCACUGAGGCAGAUCUGCGAGCUGUUGGUGGGCCAGAGAAGGGCUGGGUUGUCGAUGGAGGCUUUUUGGAAAUGGACAUCAAGACUAAUGACGUUCUCUUCCGUUGGAGUGCGGCCGAACACCUCGAUGAGAUCCCGGUCACCUUCUCCCUGAAGCCACUUGAGGGAGCUGGAACUUCAUCCAAGGACCCAUGGAAUUACAUCCACGUUAACUCCGUCUACAAGUCCGGGGAUUCUUAUAUCGUCUCAUCUCGAUACUCUUGCAACAUCUUCCUUAUCUCCAAGGAAGGCAAGAUUGUCUGGCGUCUCAACGUAAGUUGAAGCUCUUUUUCGUCUGGAUCUUAUGUCCCUUGCACUUCCGAGCAACUAACUAACGGUCCGUUUUCUAGGGCAUUGAUGGAGGCGACUUCGAGCUCGGUCCC